AUGGCCACCGAAGCCACCCCCAAAGUCGUCUCACCCAACAAGCUCGCCCACGUCGUCCUGCGCACCAAGCAAAUCGACAAAAUGGUCGACUGGUACCUCGACUUCCUGGGCGCCCGCAUCGCGCACCGCAACCCCCAGCUCGCCUUCAUCACGUACGACGACGAACACCACCGGCUUGCGUUCGUGAACUUGCCGCACAUCCAAGACAAGGUCCGCCAGUCCGCGGGACUCGAGCACAUCGCCUUCACGUUUGCGAGCCUGCGCGAUCUGCUCACGGCGUACCAGCAGCGUCUGGCCCUGCCGGAGCCGGUCAAGCCCGUGUGGUGCAUCAAUCAUCGCACGACGACGUCCAUGUACUACAAGGAUCCGGAUGGGAAUCUGCUUGAAACUCAGAUCGACAAUUUCGGCGACGAUGUGGUCAUGGCCAACAAGAUCAUGGAAAGUGACUCGAUGGCAAACAAUCCCUUUGGGUUUGAUUUUGAUCCGGAUGAGCUGCUGCGUCAGGUCGAGGCCGAGGGCGAGGAGGCGACGCUCAGGAAGCUGCAGAAUCCGGUGGAUGAUGGCGCGCCGAGGGGGAUGGAGACUGUCCCUGAGGCGUACAUGAAUUGA